AUGUCACAUAUCAGUGCCUACCAGUGCCCAUCAAUGCCACCUGCCAGUGUCCAUCAGUGCCACAUCAAUGCCACAUAUCAGUGCCCAUCUGAGCUGCUUUCAGUGCCAGUCAGUGCCAUCUAUCAAUGCCAGUCAGUUCCACCUAUUAGUGCUGCCAAUCAGUGCCACCUAUCAGUGCCAGUCAGUGCCGCCUAUCAGUGCGCAUCAGUGUCGCCUAUCAGUGCGCAUCAGUGCUGCCUAUCAAUGCCGCCUAACAGUGCCAGCCAUCAGUGCCGCCUAUCAGUGUCCAUCACUGCAGCCUCAUUGGUGCACAUCAGUGAAGGAGAAAAAUCACUUAUUUACAAACCAGAAACUAAGAAAAAACUUCUUUUUUUUUUUAAUUUUCAGUUGUUUUUGGUUUGUUUA